AUGCCAAGGAUUCGCUAUGGAUAUGCACAUGUCGUGAAUAAUCUUUACAGAGAAUGGUCGCAGUAUGCCAUUGGGGGAAGCAUGAACCCUAGUGUUAAGAGUGAAGCCAACCUCUUCAUUGCACCAAAAUCGGGAAACAAGAAAGAGAUCACUUGGAGGAAGGACAGCAUUGGAGACAAAGAAUCCUGGAAGUUUUACUCUGUAGGAGAUAUCUUCGAAAAUGGGGGCUUCUUUCGUCGAAACAGGUGCCGGAAGAGCAAAGCCAAACUAUAA